UCCUCGAUGCUCUGCCUCCCGAAAGCCCCCAAGCAGCCACCGACUCAUUUCUUGAGAAAUUGGUGACCAAGCUUGAAAUUUUCUCCUUCUUUUCUUGAUAAGCAACAAGAUUUAGGGCUUAGAAUCUUCCCCCUCAACCUAGAAAAUCCCGGAUCUGCAGCUCUUCCUCCCCUGUCCAUGACUUGCCCUUGGUUGGGUGAGAAUGAAUCUUCGGUUUUAGUUCUUCUCCAAAAGCCCGCCGGUUUCCUCAACCAUCAACUCCGGUUCUGCUGUUGCCGGAAAAUUCUGGUAUGUGCUAGCUUCUCCAAGGCUGAAUUUACCCAUUUAAUUGUUGGGUUUUGUCCAUUAAGUGCUGCCCUUUGCUUGCCCGAAUUUUGCUAAAAUGGGGGAGGAAUUCUGGUAGUAUUUAGCAGCCUUUAAACGUGUUUUUUAGGCUUAGUUCAUGUAGAAAUAAACCUGUUUUGGCUUGAAAUUUAGCUGCUGUUCUGCGUGAAAAUCCUGCUAUUUUUGCCAAAGAUUUUACUGUUCACGCGUACCAGUUACUGUUCACGCAGAAAAUUCUGCAACUAGCUACUGUUUUUGCUCCUUUUCAGUCCGUUUCUGCUCUGAAAAAAAUCUGAUGAAAUAUCCAUUUUUCUGGUAUUUUAGCUGGCUGUAGUGAAUUCCAGAAAUAUCAGUUACUGUUCACGUGCACUGUUCACGUGCACUGUCCACGUGCACUGUUCACGUGCACUGUUCACGUGCACUGUUCACGUACGCUGUUCAUUCGUUGAGUUUUAAUUAAUUGGAGUAGAAAAUCUCAUGGAAUUAGUUAGUUAUGGCAUUGGAUUAAUUUUGGUCCAGUAGUGAUGUAUUAUUGAUUGGGGUUUCGUUUAGUUGUUGAGAAUGUGAUGGGAAAAUGAAAAAGGAAAUGGUUAUUAAUUCUUAGAUAUUUUGAUUAGGUUCUUGAUCGUUCUGUCAGUUUAGUAUUGAGAUUGAGUCUUCGGUUUUAUGUGAGUGAGGUAAGUAAAUUUAUGGUAAUGCC